GGAGGCAGCCGCCGCGUCAGAACAGCUCCGCUUCACCGGAGCUGUCAGAGGGAGCUUCACAGGCUCUGAAGUGCUCAGGGAAGACGCGGCUACAGAGCUCUAUUUUCUCCAUCCGGGGAUUUUGGGAACCAACUCCCCAGCGUCCUGGCAGGCCAAUGAAGCCAGUAUCUGAAGGUGUGUGAAAGAGAGAUGGCCCUGCAUUAAAUACGCCUAGUGUCAAAAGCCAUAAACCUGCCAUGGCUUCCGGAGGAGACAGAGGAGAUGAAAGCUCUUCGGACAUGUUCAGGCUGGGGAAGGAGACAGAGCAAGUAACCUUGGCUAAUGUUUCAAAUAAACACAGUUUUUACAUCCCAAAUCCAGCGCUACGAAGAUUCAUGGAAAAAAUAACUGAUUUAAUCAUGGAUGAAAUACCAAAAGCAGAAUACGUCAGUUUACUAAAUGACUAUGUUGAAUCGGAGUUUUUUCUGAUUGAUGGUGAUUCACUGUUCAUCACUUGUGCAAGAGAAUUAACAUUACAGCAAGGACAGAAUUUGCACUUCUUUUACCUGGUAGAACGCUUUCUCCUGGAUUUAACAAGCAAAGGAGCAAAAUACGUCAUUGUUUUCUUCAAGGAUGCAGAACACAUAUAUUAUAGAACUCCGGAUCUCCUUUCUUUGCGAACUGCACUGAUUACCCAUUUGAGAAACAACACUGAUAUUCUGGUACAUACUGAGUUUUCUAACUGCUUAAGUGGAGACUGGCAAAAUUUUCUAGAAGAAAAUUAUCCGUAUUUCCUAAUAAUCGCUGAUGAAGGCCUGGAUCAACUGCAGACUGAUUUUCUCCAUAUAUGUAUUAUUCACACUCUGUCAAGGAGAAUCAACAUUGUACUUACUUCAGGACAACAAUCAGAUGCAAUCAGAAUUUAUGGGUAUCAUAUCCAUAGUGGUUAUCACCAAUGGUAUUUUUUUCAACAGGGCAAAACUUUAAUUAAUAAUUUGUAUCAAUCAUUGUUUACAUAUAUAAAGAGAUCUAGUUCAGAAGCAUGCCUUUCUCAUUCUGGAUAUUCAAAUCUGGAUAUUUUGACAACAAAGGCUUCUGCAAAAAUCACCUCAUUACAGGAGGAAAUAGAAGAGCUGCGAUACAUAGUCUGUAUUGCUGCAUGUUCACUGGUUUUGGAAAUGUAUACUAAAAAAAAAGGAACUUCUGUGAAAAAGAUAAAACGUGAAUUAACCCUUCAAGAAGCUGGAGACCUAAUUAGGAUGUAUUGCCUCAGUGUGGUUUUUCUUCAGUGUUUGCCCCUUUCACAACGAGCUCAGAUUAGAUUAAUCAAAAAUAAAUGGACUAAACAAACUUUCAUGUUCAUUCAACAGCAUAAACUUUGUGAAUAUGUUGUUCUGAAACAUCUUGCUUCUGAAACCUCAUGGAAGAUAGAUUUUUCUGUCCUACCUGAUUUGAGUGAUAAUCUCUUGUGGAAGAACAUUGCAUUUUAUUAUGAAGUAGAAAAAUGUAAAGAGUUUGAUUUGAAUAUAGGAACAAAAAUCAAUAGAGAUUAUGAAUUACUCUGGGAACAUAUCACAACACUGUUGGGAAAAUGCAAGAUUGGUGGUUCUUUCCCUCUGCGAAUAACUUCUAAACAUUUUCUUGAAAAGUGCUUAACUAGCAAAGACAAUGAAUCCAAGAAGACAUUUCUUAAUCCUGGAUUAAUACCAAUUACAAAUACCCUAGUUGAUAAAUUUACUGGAGAUAUUUUAACUGACUUACCAUUUUUAGAAAGUGAUGAUCCCGUGGUUGUUUCACUUAAAAAACAGAAAGAAUUUGAUGAACUUCUGCACUGGCAUUCAAGAAGACCUCUCAGUGAUGAUUAUGACAGGACCAAAGGACAAUUUCAGGCCAAAGACCCAUGGGCACUACGAAACCAACAAAAAUUGCAAGCUUAUCAACGUUUUUAUGGACAUUCACUGGAAGGUAUCAAUUCAAAAACAAUUGUUACUCAGCUGGAUAAGCCAGAGAAGGCUUGUAUUGAUGACAAGAAGAGAAAGAAAAUACAUAAAUCCAAAGCAGAAAUGAUUGUUGAGGAGAAUAAGAAAAGAAGACAAGCUGAAGAAAACAAAAAAGAAGAGCAUCGUUGGGCUAUACUUUCAACGUCAAUUGAAGAAAAAAUGAAAGAGAAUUUGACCUCUGGCAUUAAGUAUCUGCAGGAAUUUCUGAAAAAUUGUCAAAGUGCAUCUGUGAAAUGUACUGCUGAAAUGGCAGCACUUAACGUUUGCUUUAAUAUGUGGAUGGAACACUGUGAUAAAGGCAGAAACUCUACAGAUUUAAAUGAAGCAGUUGAAGUUAUGAGAAUUAUCCACUCAGUGCUUAUAAAUUAUGAUGAUUUAUUGAAGGAGACUGAUUUCCAACAGAUUGGCAAAUACCUUAGGGCCCUUGGAUUUGACAACUUAGCAGCUACAUUAAAAUACUUCAAGGAUUCAGAAGAUGAGAAAAAGAUACUUAAAAUGAAGCUUUCAAAAUAUGCAGUUGAUAUCGGAUCCUCUCGAUUUCAGUUACAGUUUAUGGGUCACUAUCUCAUACGGGAAGAAAGAAAAGAUCGUGAUCCUAGAGUGCAGCAUUUUAUUCCAGAUACAUGGCAGAGAGAACUUCUCGACAUUGUGGAUAAGAAUGAGUCUGCGGUAAUUGUUGCUCCUACAUCAUCAGGAAAAACAUAUGCAUCUUACUACUGCAUGGAGAAAAUCCUGAGAGACAGUGAUGAUGGUGUGGUUGUGUAUGUUGCUCCUACAAAGGCUCUGGUUAAUCAAGUAUGGGCAACCAUUUACAAUCGAUUUAACAAAACACUGCCAGACGGUCUGGCAAUUGUUGGUGUUUUCACUCGAGAUUAUCGCCAUGAUGCUUUAAAUAGUCAGGUUCUCGUAACAGUUCCUCAGUGUUUAGAAAUUUUACUAAUGUCACCUCGUCGCCAGGAAUGGGCCAAAAGGAUAAGAUAUGUUAUAUUUGAUGAGGUCCAUUGUCUUGGAAGUGAAAUUGGUGCAGAAGUUUGGGAGCAUCUUCUGGUUAUGAUUCGAUGUCCAUUUUUGGCUCUUUCUGCCACUAUUAGCAAUCCAAAACAUCUCACUGAAUGGUUGCAGUCAGUAAAAAGGUACUGGCAACAUACUGAAGCUAAACUUGCACAGAACCCCACAGAUGUUAAGAAAGGGGCAAAAGGAAAGAAAAGCGUUGGAAUGCAAAAGGCAUCGUACAAGGUUAAAUUAGUGGUGUAUGGGGAGAGAUACAAUGAUUUAGAAAAAUAUGUGUGUUCCCUGAAGGAUGAUGACUUUGCUAUCGAUCACUACCACCCCUGCGCUGCUCUGACUGUGGACCAUAUUGAGAAAUACGGCUUCCCAUUGGAUCUUUCACUGUCUCCUCGAGAAUCUCUUAUAUUGUAUGACAACAUGGUAAAAGUUAGAGAAAAUUGGCCAGGGAAGCACAAACUAGAUCCUGAGGAGUUUUUUAAGGACAAGAUUAUAAUCACUAAGACAGAUGCAAGACAGUAUGAGAAAGAGUUGAAAGAAGAACUAGAGAUGUGGAUUAAACAUGGCUUCCAAAAAGAGGUGAAAAAAAUGCUGUGGGUGCUCAGACCUCAACCUGUUUGCGCUGCUGAAAAAGUGAUGCGAACCAGUUUUCCUCGUUUUGUGGAAAAACUACACCAGAUGAAUAAAUUGCCUGCACUUUUUUUCUUAUUCGAUACCAUAGCAGUGGAAGAACAGGCUAAAAAUGUCUGCAGUGCCUUGGAGGAGAAGCAAAGCAGCAAGCAGAUUCCAGGUGCUGAGAAAGAACAGCUUUUGUUAACAAAAAAACGUAAAAAGAUUGAAAAGUUUUUGGCUGUUCAGAAGGACGACACAAAACUCAGCCGUAAAGAUGACAAAACAAUAACCAAGACAGCUGAACUUGAAAGCAUAAUGAAUCGCCUUGAGAAGAUUGCUGAAAUCCCUUCUGACUGCACGUAUGCAAAUGAUCAAGCUGUUGAUAAUGAGGUUUUGCACAAGAUAUUUGAUCGAACAAAAUUCAUGAAAAAGCACAAAGAGCUGCAAAAACUGGCACUUAGAGGCAUUGGAUACCAUCAUGCCUCUGUCGGACAUAAAGGAAGGCAACUGGUAGAGAUGCUGUUCAGAAUGGGAUUUAUACAGGUGGUGACAGCCACAGGAACCUUGGCUUUGGGCAUCAACAUGCCAUGCAAAUCUGUCGUCUUUCUACAGAAUUCUGUAUAUUUGGAUGCUCUGAACUAUAGACAGAUGUCUGGGCGUGCUGGCCGGCGCGGUCAAGAUUUGUUGGGGAACGUCUUUUUCUAUGACAUUCCAUUGCCCAAAAUACAGAAGCUCAUGAAAUCAAAUGUACCUGAACUUCGAGGACAGUUUCCACUGAGUAUUUCUCUGAUCUUGAGACUCCUGCUGUUGGCUUCAAAAGCAGAUGACAAAGAUGAUGCACAAGCAAAGGCUUUAUCAGUACUGAAGCAUUCACUUCUGUCAUUCAAGCAACCUAGGGCCCUGGCAAUGUUAAAGCUCUAUUUUUUGUUUUCUUUACAGUUUCUUGUGAAAGAGGGAUAUGUGGAUCGAGAUGGUAAUACUACAGGUUUUUCUGGACUUGUCACCCACUUGCAUUACUACGAGCCUUCCAAUAUUGUCCUGGUUGAAUUUCUUGUGAAAGGCUUGUUCCACAACCUGUGUCAGAGGAGCAAGAAAAGGCCAAGGCUUUUUUCUAAAGCUGUGAUGGAAAAAUUAGUGCUAGUAUUGGCACAUCUCUUUGGAAGAAAACACAUACCAGCUGCUGUUUUUAAUUCUAAAAAGAAAUUUUACCAAUCAAAGGUAUUUCUUGAAGAUCUCCCUGAAGAUUUUGCUGCUGCUUUGCAUGAGUACAACUGCAAAAUACAAGAAAACUUUGGGCAAUUUCUACAGAUAGUUUCUACGAUGGCUGAUAUGAAACAAGAAUAUCAACUUCCCCUUUCAAAACUCGAUUUUUCAAGUACAGAAAAACUUGAAUCCGAGCUUGCAUCUCACCUCAUGAGCUGCAGUGAAGGAAGGACAGCCGUUUCACCCUUUGUGUGCCUUUCAGGAAAUACAGAACUUGAUUUACUGAAUGCAGGGACGGUCAACAGUGUCAUAUUGCGUACAAUAGGUAUUACUGCUGCAAACAUUCCAGUUCUCUCUUCAAAGAUGCAUGAUAAUCAAGGAAGAAUCAUGCCACUUAAUGCGUAUGUGCUUGACUUUUACAAACAUGAAUCUUUAGCAGCAAUGGCUCAGGAUAACGGCCUGCAUGAAGGAGAUGCUUAUUAUUUGCUGAGAGACUUCGCCCUUGCUCUUAAAGCAAUCAGUGUUUCUUUGAGCGAACUUUGUGACAAUAAGGAUGAUAAUGUUGUACAAGCAUUUGAACAACUAAGCAACGAAUACUGGGUGAAGCUGGAGAAGACAUAAGGACAAGGCACCCAAAACACUGAUCUGUUGAACAUGUCCAUACUGAAAGCCCAAGGGACGAAAUUAUCAGCAGUGAUUUUAUUAGAAUUGUGUAUGUACAAUGCAUAAUUUUUGGUAGGGGUCACAGUAAUUGAUUGCUAAUUAGUACAAGACUAAGUACUGUGCUUUGCCCAGGGCCUGUCGCUGCCUCUUUUCUCAUAUAUGGGUGUAGAUCAAAGCACCAUGAUCAUCAUUGCUUUUUCCAACCUGUCCCUCUCCACUUGUAUCUACUGAAGUCAUUCCAACCCUGCUCCUCUCACGUUUUUACUGCACAAUAUUUUGGAAAUAAAAGGAAAUAAAUUUUAAAAAACUGCCAGCUUUUGUUGGUAAAAAAAGAUGGAUCACACAAUCCUAUGGUAGGGGUCAUAGGACCUGCAUAGAGAAAAGCUAUGAGGCAGAGGCUGUAGUAAGCAGAAUUGAAACAGAGAAAAGCUGGUUGGAUCAAACUCUCCUGAUACAGUGAAAUGGUAGACAAAUGUCAAUCAAGAAAGCAUAUUUAACUGUAUUUGAAUGAAUCCGCAGAAUAACUGUCACAAGAAAUUUGUUGGAAUAUUUUUUUAAUGGAUCAGUGGAACAUUUGGUUCAUAAAGUACUGCAAAAUAAAUAAUAUAUCCAGGAUACCGUUGUUGAGGCUCCCCCCCCCCCCAUUAGCGAAAGCCUCAAAUGUACAUACCUGGAAAAAGCAUUGUCUACAAUUCCAGCUGCUUGCUUCAGUGUUUGCUUCAAACUUUAGUCUUAAGUAGGCAGGAAGGACUAGAUUUCCUGUGAAUUUGCUUGAAAAAUGCCCCCUCCCUUGCCACCGGAUAGUUUGCUCCAUAGCGGAUAAUGGCUGAAUAUAUUCAGAAUUUUUUAAGACCAAACCUGAAUCUAGGAUCUGAUCUGGACAUCAGGAAUACUGACUAUAUAAAAGGUAAAGGUAGUCCCCUGUGAAAGCAUUGAGUUAUUACUGACCCAUGGGGGGACGUCACAUCACGUUUUCUUGGCAGACAUUUUUUUUUACGGGGUGGUUUGCCAUUGCCUUUCCCAGGAAACUGGGUAUUCAUUUUACCAACCUCAGAAGGAUGGAAGACUGAGUCAACCUUCAGGUCAUGGGCAGAGCUUGGGCAGCAGUACUGCAGCUUACCACUCUGUGCCAUGGGGCUCCUCCUUACUGACUAUAUAUUAUUAUGGUAUUUCUGAUACCUGGAUCCAAAUCAGGCCAAAUUUGUUUUUGGUGCACAUCCCUCAUUCUGAAUACCCUAAAAGCUUGCACUAUUUUGUGUAAUUUUGUAGAUUUUGCUUUGGAUCUAUACAGCUAUUAUACCUGCAACUUCUGGAAACGAGUUAUUAAUCUUUCUGCCUGAACAAGCUGUUACCACUAGCAGCAGCAGCUCAGGGCUGGAUUGAGUCUGUUGUCCUGUUGAGGGGGCCCUAAGGAACAAUUCCUUUGCCAACAUUUUUGAACAUUGGUGGUGGUUACGCAUGUUUAGUAAAGUGGGAGGACUGGAUUUCCUCCCAUGUUGAGAGCAAUGCAGUAAAGGCUUCAGCUGAGGUAACCUGAAUGAAAAACAGUAUUUUUUCCUGCAGAUGAGGAUACCUGGGGUCUGUAAAAUUCUUUUGUCCAAUUCUCUUGAAAUCUUGGCAGAGGGGAGGGCGCUAGUGGAGGGGGAGGAUUAGGUUCCCUGAAACUGCUGCACCAUUUGGUUAAAAAAACCGUUCCAGAAAGCAGAACUUAUUUCAUCAUAAGAAAUGCAGCAGAUCCACAAAAUAUUCCCAAACGUAAAAAAAAUUCCUAACAAAAUCAGCAUUCCACAAAUAUCAUAAAGACAAUAAUCAUGCCCUUUCUGAAUUUAUUAAACAAGAUGAAAACUAUUUUUGAGCUGCACAUUCCUAAUACCUAUCCCAAAUGAACGAUGUUCAAACAGGAAAAAUAAGUUCGUUUCACUUUAUUUAUACCCGCUUUUCUCCUUCAACCUCACCUGAAUAUCACAACUGGUACUGCUAAUUCUGCCUGCUUCUCCUUCCAUAUGCAAAGCUCAAGGAGAAUAUAUUACCUAACUUUCACAAGUACUAAGAUGGGAAAUGCUUAUAAAAUACAUUUCUAUUAAACUAUACCUAUACAUAUGUACAUACAAGCUUUUCUCAGUGAUUUUCCUCAAAAACCACUCAGAUGUUUUAAGUGAAAGAACUGCCUGAUCCAUAUACUUAGCUUUUUUGAGAGCCUUAUACAAGAGAAAUAAAACAUACACAACA